AGCAACUCAAAUGCAGACAUUCCAUGUUCCGUCUCCAUGUGGCAAAGCAGAAGAUUUGGCCAGUGGAGUUACCAUUGCUCAGGUGCUGCAUAAGAUAGACCCUUCUUGGUUCACUGAAACGUGGCUGCUGCGGAUUAAAGAUGAUACUGGUGACAACUGGAGGCUGAAGGUGAGCAACCUGAAGAAAGUCCUGCAGAGUGUAGUUGAAUAUUCCCAGGAUGUCCUGGGCCACCAGGUCCCAGAGCAGCUGCUGCCCGAUGUAGCCCAGGUUGGCGAGCUGGCUGACACACUGGAGCUGAGCAAGUUACUUCAGCUGGUGCUAGGCUGUGCCAUCAGUUGUGAGAGGAAGCAAGAUCACAUCCAACAGAUCAUGACCCUCGAAGAGUCUGUGCAGCACGUUGUAAUGACAGCCAUACAGGAGUUGUUGACCAAAGAUUCGUCAGACACACUGAGCUCAGAGACAUAUGGGAACUUUGACAGCCAGUCCCGGAAGUACUAUUUCCUCAGCGAUGACCUAGAGGAGACAGAUGACAUGCGCCAGCGCUGCCAUGACCUUGAGCAACAGAUCUCCAUCCUGGUGGAAGAAAAGAAUACAUUGGCUCUGGAAAACAAGACCCUCCGGGAGCAGAAAAAUGCUCUGGAGUCAGAUGCAGCCGGGCUCACUGGCAAGAAGUUACUUCUCCUGCAGACUCAGAUAGAGCAAUUGCAAGAGGAGAACUUCCGACUGGAAAAUGGCAGGGAUGACUUCCGGGCACGUUGUGAAGAACUGGAGAAGGAAGUGCAAGAGUUGCAGCACCGCAAUGAAGAGCUGACCUCCUUGGCGGAGGAGGCACAAGCGCUGAAAGACGAGAUGGAUGUCCUGCGCCACUCAUCGGACAGGGUUGGGCGGCUGGAGGCCAUGGUGGACUCUUACAAGAAGAAGUUGGAAGAUCUGGGUGACCUGAGACGGCAGGUCCGGCUGCUUGAGGAGCGGAACACCGUCUACAUGCAGCGCACGUGUGAGCUGGAGGAGGAAUUGCGACGAGCCAAUGCUGUGCGGGCACAAUUGGAAGCACACAAGAGACAGGUGCAGGAGCUCCACACCAAGCAUGCAGAUGAGGCCUUGAAGGCAGAGAAGUGGCAAUUUGAGUUCAAGAACCUUAAUGAGAAGUUUGAAGCACUGAUAAAAGAAAAGGAGAGGCUGAUGGAAGAGCGGGACGCCCUCCGGGAAGCUAAUGAAGAGCUGAGAUGUGCUCAGGUGCAGCAAACAUUCCUUAACCAAGCAGAUGCCAUGCUUGAAGAAAUUCCUUCUCCUGUGGAUAACCUGGCAGCUGAAAUCAUGCCGACAGAACUCAAGGAGACCAUUGUGCGGCUGCAGCAUGAGAACAAGAUGCUGUGUGCACAGGAGCUGUCAUACCGGCAACAGCAGACUGAGUUGCAGGGGCUGCUGGAAGAAUCUAAUCGCACCAAGAACCAGCUGGAAGCACAGCAAAGGCUGAGCCAGCAAGAGAUCUCUGAGCUCAAGGCACAAGUGGAGGAGCUCCAGCGCGCCCUCCAGGAGCAAGGAAGCAAAGCGGAAGAUGCCAUUUCCUCUCUGCUGCAAAAGAAGCUGGAGGAACAUCUAGAGAAAUUGCAUGAAGCUCAUGCGGAGCUUCAAAAGAAGAAGGAAUGCCUUGAUGAACUGGAACCCAAAGUGGACAUUAGCACUGCCAAGAAGAUCGAUGAACUAGAGCAGUCCCUGAAGAAGAAGGAUGAAGACAUGAGAGCCAUGGAGGAACGAUACAAACGCUAUAUGGACAAGGCCUGUACAGUCAUCAAGAAACUAGACCCCAAGCAGCAGCCUCAUGUAGUACCUCUGGAGAUCCAGGCUUUGAAAAAUCAACUGCAGGAAAAAGAUAAGAAAAUAAGCCACCUGGAGACUGAUUUUGAGAAGACAAAAUCUCAGCAGGAGCAGGAAGAGAAGCUCAUAAUCACUGCCUGGUAUAAUAUGGGCCUAGCAUUGCACCAAAGAGCUACAGAAGAACGAUCGUCUAGUCCUGCAACAGUCCAGUCUUUCUUGGCUCAGCAAAGGCUGGCCACUAAUAGCCGAAGGGGCCACCUGAGCCGAACUCAGCCUUUGCUGCAUCGAUACAUGGGUGCAGACAAGGCCUCUUAGUUACCAUGAUCUGGAAGAGUUAUUUAGGGAGUGCUUGUGGGGUGCAGCAGUGUAUCCAAAGUGUGUGGAAUCUGAGUUCCUGCUCUCCAUACAUUGAUACCUCCUUGGGAAUUUCAGUUUCCAUCUCUAUUGGUGACAUGAAUUGUCGGAUGUACAGGGUUUCUCCUCUGCCAAGUCCCAGUCCUCUUAAAUGAGAAGAGUUGGAUCAUGCCUUGCAGAUAAGAGAUGUAUCUAUUCUCUUCUUUAGUACUGGAGGGGGAAGGCUGAUCCAGAGGCAGUAUCCAUGAGAGAUGGGAGACACACACACACCGCCCCAUCAUAUAUUACCUCUUAGAUUCUGGUUUGUGUGUGGCUUCCACCUCACCCUUACAUCUGAAAAUGCUCCUCCUCCCAGACUCAUCUUCAUAUGGUCUGGUAGUCAUUUACUGCCUUUCAGAUCUCCUCUGUUGGAAGUGGAGGAUUUCAUCCUCCCUCUGGGUUCUAUUCCAUGAAUUCCAUGAUGCAGGAGGGCAAGGGGAUCAUGGCUCUGAUCUUGGCCAUGGAAUCCGACAUGGACUCCCUUUAAAGAGAACACCACUACCUAAGUCCGGUCUCCCUACUCCUGCUACCCCUCCAGUGCCCGAGGCUCGUCUGGCACAUCUUUUCUUUCAGGCUUAUGGCUCCCUUCUAAGAAGGGACUGGGCUUGGAUGCAAAGAAGAACUCUGCUCGAAAUGGUAUAAACACUAAACUCGCUUUAGAUUUAAGGGGCUGAGGAAGGGCUUGAAAUCCUGCCUGUUAACAAUUGGUGUGCACACCUAUGAACUGUCCUGUCCUCGCAGCAAUAUUUAGAGUGUGGUGCUUGUUUCUAAAAAAAAAAGUUGUUCUGGUUUUUAUUUUUUGUUUUUC